AUGUCCUCCUCUCUCCUCCGCACGACGCCCCUCCUGCGCGCCGGCCUCCGUGCCCGCGCCGCAAAGCCUCUCGCCGCCAUGGCCACCACGAGCUUCACCCGCGGCAAGGCGACUCUCCCCGACCUGCCCUACGACUACGGCGCGCUCGAGCCCUCCAUCUCCGGCCAGAUCAUGGAGCUGCACCACUCCAAGCACCACCAGACAUACGUCAACGGCUUCAACGCCGCCGUCGAGGCCCUCGGCGAUGCCCAGGCCAAGGGCGACUCCAAGGCUGCCGCAGCUCAGGCGCCGCUGCUCAACUUCCACGGCGGUGGCCACGUCAACCACUCGCUCUUCUGGGAAAACCUCGCCCCCAACGGCAAGGGCGGCGGUGGUGAGCCCGAGGGCCAGCUUUUGACCGCCAUCAAGCAGGACUUUGGCUCCUUUGACAACUUCAAGAAGCAGACCAACACCGCCCUCGCCGGCAUCCAGGGCUCUGGCUGGGCCUGGCUCGUCAAGGACAAGUCUUCCGGAAAUCUCGGCCUCGUCACUCGCGCCAACCAGGACCCCGUCACCGGCAACCUGGAGCCUCUUCUGGGAAUCGACGCCUGGGAGCACGCUUACUACCUCCAGUACCAGAACCGCAAGGCCGAGUACUUUAGCGCUAUUUGGGACGUCAUCAACUGGGGAACUGUUGCCAAGCGAUUCGAGAAAUAA